UUAGUGAGGUACAGGAGCGGGUAAGAUGAAGACAUCAGCACGGUUUCUGCUUGUAGCGGUUCUCGGCAUUGCCGUGUGUUCAGUCGCGGCGUUCUCUACAAAAGAUGACAACCUUAUACAACAAGAAGAAGACGUUUCGAACCGACAGGAUCCCGAAACCCAAGUUGACAGCAAGCGAGCUGCUCUACCGAUAGACUCCCUCCUACACGGGGCGGCAGGGAUGGACCAGCUCGGCGGGAAGCGCGCAGGGCGGCCCAUCGACAACAUCAUGCACGGAUUCCGCCUCCCCAUGGCCAGAAGGCGGGAUGCAACCGAUCACGAAGAAAAGAAAGAAGAAGAUGCAGGCAGCAGAAGAGAGCGAGCAGCUCCGAUAGAUGCUCUAUACGGAGGGCUGCUGCCCGGAUCCUUGGGGACGAAACGAGCGGCGCCGAUCGACUCGAUCUACGGCGGGCUGGGCUUGCCCAUCAGCGGGAAGCGUGCGCCGCAUCCAAACGACUCCAUCGACCAGGGCCCGCCAGUGAUGGCAGAACGAUCGCCCAUCGAUGCAAUCAUCAGCGGGGGGCGUGGCCUGCCGAUGUCGUACAAACGCGCCGCUCCGAUCGACUCCCUCAUUGGUGGACACGGGCUGUCAAUCACGGGCAAACGGCGUGCCAUGGCGCUGCCCAUCGACAACAUCAUCGGCGGGUACGGGCUGCCCAUCUCCGUCCGCGUGGGCAACAAAGACCGGCAGCGCGGGGCGGAGUCCGAAAAUGACGAGGCGACCUGGCUGCAGUCCAUCUGGUAGAAACAAGUAUUUCACUCAACUCCAUCAGGUUGAGGGCUUAAGCAAGAACAUGUAUGUGUUAGAUGUACUAUAAAGGAAUCUAUAGGGGUGUCUACUCGGCCAGGGUACAUGGUAGUA